UCCUCCCCCCGCAUCGCAGUUCACCACACGAUUUGUCUUCUGUACACGAGCGAAGGCAUGUGUUCUAUGAUCAGAUUGAAGAGUGUAGUUUAUGAUUAAUGGCGUUCUAUAGUUAUCGUUUGAAAACUCUUUUAGAUAAAUGGCCAGGCAAGAAGUACCUGGGAAUAUAUAGAUUCUUACCCUUGUUUUUUGCAUUGGGUGCUGCAUUAGAAUUUUCCAUGAUCAACUGGCAAGUUGGAGAAACGAACUUCUAUCGAACCUUCAAACGGCGUCAAGCCAGGAAACUUGCGGAAGAGGCUGUCAACGAAGCAUCGCUGUAAAACUAUUUUCCUUUACAUAUCAUUUAAUAUUUACGCAAGUUUUGACGUGUUAAAGUAUGCCAGCAGGUGUAUCGUGGUCUUCCUACUUGAAGUUUUUCACCGCUGCAAUGGCAUCAAUGUUGGCAGGUGCCCAAAUCGUGCAUAUAUUGUACAAACCAUUGGAUGACCUGGACUUGUAUAUACAAGAUGAAUUAAAGAAUUUUAAAGAGAGGAAAAAAUAAUUAUAUCUUGUAAUUAAUAUUAGUGUGUGCCUGCAGUGAAUUUGUUUCUAUAUAACUACAGAUAGUAAUUCAGUUCAUUUCAGGGUUCGAGUGCUCUUUAGAAAUAAGCCUUUUUAUUAAAUGUACUUUAAGGAAUAGGCUGUAUCAAUUCCAUCAUAUAAAUUAUCUCUAAGAUAUUUAUUAUAGUUUUCUUUUAGUUGAAGAAAAUUGGAAUUGUUAAUGUGUGAUUUGUAAUGUAUUUUUAAUUUUGUUGGUGCAGAUGACAUGGAAUUUUAAAAUAAUUACCAACACACCCUCAUUUAAGAAGUAUGAUUAUUUAUUUUGAAAAUAAAGGUCUGUGUUAUGAACAGGAUAUUUUCUACACAUACAUUUUGUCAAUGCGCUGUCCCUUCUGAUGAACUAUAUAAUAACUGAGCUAUAAUUGUGUAAAGACUGCCUUGGUUAUUUAUAAAAAUAUUAUUGGAGGAAAGAAAAUGACAAUACCAAAGUCUUCCAAUGGGAAAAAAUGGUAAUGUAAAUAAAUGUGUACAAAUCAGGUAACUUUUACAAGAGUACACAAUGUUAUACUAUAUUUAAAUAUCCACUUUUAGCAUAUUUUAAUAUAGUAUGAAUAAGCAUAUACAUUAUUUAUAAAUGUAUAGAAAGUGGUUUGUUCAAGUUGUUUCUGCACUGUUGUAUGUUUUUAAGAAAAGAACUAUGCACAUUUCUAAGCAGCACUGUCUAUACAUCUAGAAAAUAAACUGGCAAAAAAAUGUACAAUAUCAAAGUCAAUGAAAAUUGCAGCUGUGACUCGCUAACACAGCCAGAGUAGAAAAAAAGUUGACUAGUCCAAACACUUCAGAAUUUCAAGUAAUGCCUGAAAUAUCCACUAACAUUGUAAUAUUGAAUCGCAUGCAUCCACACCACACAAAAACAAUGCCAAUAUAACAGAGAAACGUUCCAUACAAAAUGUCUGCCAUAUAUUUAUUGUCCAUUACAAUACCUAAUGAGAAAUUCUGUAAGCUGAUCAUGAGAGAUAUGCUGGUGGUUGCUAUCUCCGAGAUCACAAGGAUGCUUUGCCACAAGCCCCUCAGGAAUCUCUGGCUCUUUAAGGUUAUACAUGUACAUACUUGUGUAUCUGUUUAUUUACACAUGUAUGUACAUAUACACACAUUCAUACACAUCCACUAGCACUGAAAUUAACAUCAACUUCGAUUCUAUGAUAGGUCAAGUAUAUAUUGCAAUUCACAUCAUAUUUACAGAGCAACUGUUAAGUAUAUGAAUUGGUAACUAGUUAAUUAUAAAUGAAAUAAAUUUGUAUUAAGAUACAAUCAGACACCAACUGCUCCAACGAUUUCACAAAUGUUAAAAACAUGAUUCUCGACCAUGCUUAUAACAAGAACAUGAAUUCAGUUAUUUUACAUAUAUACAAGAAUAUUUAAAAAAUUGUUUAAAAACUUCAUUAAGUAUAAACAUUUCUUUCAUAUCUACAGCUGCAAAAUUGGUGUAAAACUACAUACUGUUACUAUAUAAUUUACAUACAUAUGUCCCCCAUUCGCAGGCAAUAAUAGUAAUUAAGACAUAAGGAAUAGUAAAAGGACAUAUAAAAUACUUGUGAACAAUACUCAAUUGUAAGUAAUAUAUUAACUUGAGCUAAUUCUGCUCCAUGAAGCACAGGGUUUAGAGGUGGAAUACUCAAGGCCAAAGGUUGCCCCAUUAUAUGCAAAGUUCGCAAUGAUAAAAGGGAUCCAGUCUUAAUCAGCAACUGGGUUGAGAGUAAGGCAACUCUCUCAGAGAGAACCAGUUCCACUGGUGUGUGAGAGCACAGAAAGAAGAGGAAGUUGGAGACGAGUCCAAUAUGAUCCGCAUGAGUGACAUGAUUACAGAUUGUACUGUGGCAUUUUGAAGUAUUGUCACUAAGAGAUAAUUAUAGUUAUAGACAAACCCCCAUUUAUAUGUGAGACACUGUCGAUAAAUGAAAACAUCAAAUUAUUAAAUCCUCAACCACACUGCAGUUUGUCAGAACUUUUAAGAUUGUGCACAUUCUAAUGUUCAAAUAUAACAACACUUGGGUUUGAGACGAAAUAUAACAAAGAAAAUUCCACAAACUGUUUCAUUGACAAAAAUAAUACAAAAUAAAAGAAACACAAAAUAAAAUAAUGCAAAAUUUUAUUGUACAUAUUAUGUUAUCACUGGAAAUAGCUCAUACAGGAAUUCAGACGGGCCAAUGUAAUUGAUAUAGCAUUUAUAUACAAAUUUCAUCACCAUUACUACUGAAAAUAAAUCUAUACAAUGAGUGAUAUUGAUCACUUCUUUCAAAUGAUAUAUAAAGACUCGAUAUACAACAUCAAUGAAAACAAUUGCACAUCAAAAUAAACACUUAACAAUGAAGUGAAAACAUUUCACCAAACCAAACCAAAAAAACAAAGGAACUUCUGACAAUGUAGCAUCUGAUAUUAAUACAUGCAGUAAGCAUGCAUGUUUUGUAUAAACAUAUAAUUUAUCUUUUUACAGCUGAUUUAUUAAUAACUGCACAACUUUUUAAACAUUGCAAAAUAAGCAGGGGAAAGGGGGGAGCAAGUCUAAUAGAAAAUAAUAACCAUCUGCAAGGCCAUUGCAUACCCUGACUAGCCACUUCCUCUUCUUUCAAGUACAAAUUCAGACAAUUCAAAUUUACAGAUUUACACUUGUGUAAUAUAGAUUUAUGCAAACAAUUACAGCCCCCCACCAAUACCAUACCUAACAUAUUAGUGCUUCACCAAGCUAAUAAAGGCCCUACAAACUUAUGGCAGUACAUACUGGCUCAGUACAGAGAAUUUUCUCUGAAAUAAUACAAUUUCAUUAUAAAAAUAUAUAACUUAACAUAAAAUAAUAUACUUUGAAAGUAACAGGACUCUGUAACCCAAAUCUCUCUCUCUCUCUCUCCUUUGAUAACACAGAAAACAAUCUAAAAACUGGUGGG